AUGGCUGAAGUUUUGGGGAAGGCAAAUCUGGUUCCGACUAUUUUCCAAUUUGCAGAGAUGAAUCCAGAUGUGCAGUUUCUUCAGGUGAAUUACGAGGAGCAUAAGUCGAUGAGCUAUACUCUUAAUGUUCAUGUGUUGCCUUUCUUCCGGUUCUAUCGAGGCGCUCAGGGGCGUGUAUGCAGCUUUAGCUGUACUAAUGCCACGAUCAAAAAGUUCAAAGAUGCAUUAGCCAAACACACACCGGACCGAUGCAGCCUCUGGCCAACAAAAGGGCUGGAGGAGAAGGAGCUUUUGACGUUGUCAGCUAAUAAAGACCUUCCCUUCCACUACACGCCAAAUCCAGUUCAACCAACUCCCGUUCCCACACAUGAACAGACUUGUAUGCCAAAUCAAGUUCCAUCUCAUUCGAAGACAAAGCUCCCGCUUUCAGUCCCGACGACAUUCUUAAAGCGAAGGGACAGCAAGGAGAAAACCUUGGUUGGUGUUGGGAGAUGAUGUAGUAUGGUGUUUAUGCCAUCCCUCACCGUCCAUAUUACAGUACUAUUCCCAGGUUGAUCUUUCGCGUACGAACUUGUUCAUGUUAGAAGUGAAGAACAUAGAAUAUCGUCUCCCAUGGAGUUGCAGGGCAAUUCAGAUUAAUAUUUUUGGAUCCUAGCCCUGCUUGAUUCGAGGGUGGUUGUGAACUUUUGAAGACCAAAAUCAGUGUAUAUUUUUUUAGGCUUUUUUUUUUUAUGUUCAAGGGAAACCCCCCUUUGUGAAUGUAAAAAUCUUGUGGUUAUUGUA